AUGCCGGCGAUGCAGGCCGGGAAACCCGUCAAGGCAAGCAAGAAGCCGGCUGCCGCAAUGUCGUUGAAGUCCACUCAGGCAGUGAAAGCCACGCAGAAGGUGACAUCAGGGAAAUCCGUCAAGGCAAGUAAGAAGCCGGCCGGCGCGAGCCCCGUGAUGGCCGGGAGUGCCGCCUCCAUGAAUGCGAUGGAGGCAACGACAGCUGACAAGCCCGGGCCUGCGGACUGGCUCAGCCACAAGAUGAUGACAGGGCCGCGAGAUGAGGUUGAAGUGAUGACCCUCAUUGGCGGCGAGUGGAGACGCAGCGCAAUGAUACCGAAACGGUGGAGCUUGGGCGAGACCUUGGCCAAGCUAAGUCUGCCGACGUGCAAUUCUGGUCGACCUCUGGAGGUCACACAAGUUGUCAUCAACACUGUAGAGCUCUGA